UCUAAUAGCAGUAACGACUUGGACGAGGCUGGUUCAAAGUCUGAAGUGCCAGAAGAUGGGUGCGUCAAGUAUUAUCGUAACCUGUGUUAUCGUGGUUUUGUUGUUGUAUCACAACAUUGCGUAAUCGACAGAACUCCACUUUCUCGCUUCAGUGUUUUAACUUCUAUUAAAUGUGAAAAUCUUUCCUUUAAUGAUUCACUUUAGCAAUAUCAUAAACUUCCUAAGUUUAGUCACUAGCAAUGAGCCCUGGUUAUCGUACCGUGAAAUAUGAGAGCCACUUCCAAAGAUAAUAGUUUAUGCCUCUUCAUAAGCGGCGCCUGCUAAAGUGUGAACUGGCAACUAUAUUAUUGGAUCCAUUCAGAUUUACAUGGAUUCUAUAUUCAAGUAUUUAUAGUUCUUAAGGCAAUUAAUAUGUUGAAUACUUACAUUUUAACACUCGUAUAUUUAAAUACGAAACGGUCAUACCUAAUGCAAGAAAAGCCAAGGCCAAGAAAUUUAUAGUAACUUGCAACUCGGCUUUAGCUUCUCAUGAUAAUCGCUGUAUGUAACUCAGUCGGGGACUCGGGGUUUGGACAUUCCCUGCAGAGUUCGUCCUGCCGUUGCCAGAUUACUUAUCAACACCUGUUAUAGUUUGUCGGUUUUCAAUCUAUACGAUUAUUAGCGAGAGUUGUUUCGGUGGAAGACAUAACUCGCAUGACAAGCUACAGCCUACAGGCCGUUAUACUUGCGUUAACGUCAUUCCGUUCAUGAUACUAAAGCGUCGAAAGCCAAAGGAUAUUCACGAGUAAACAAUCGCCAUCUACCAACAUGACGAGUGAAAGCAUGGAAGACGAACAAAAGAAAAGGUCCAUGUGGAUACAACGUCACAUUCAGCGGUACAAAGCGAAGCUUGGAUUCUUUCGGAUUGUCUUGGAAAGGAUAAUACAACAUAAUGUGCCGUCUCAGAACAAAAUAUGCAGUGUGAUUCCAAAAAUUUACUCUCAGUGGGAGCUGCCUUAAUUACAACAGUAUGCUACAUACCACCUGACUACACCAGCGUUUCAUGUGAUGAUCCAUCUAUACGAAGGCCUUAUUACCCUGACACAGUUUCUGUUCCAGUACUUCUGUCUGUUGGACUAUUUGGUCCAUUUAUUAUGAUGAUUGUCUUUGAAUGGGCUUUCCCACCAGAGGUCAAAGAGCAGGACUGUUCAUUUCGUAGGUGUCUUCAUAGGUGCUGGUCUUAUGUUGGUGACCUUUUUGUUGGAGGCCUGCUUAUGUUUUUCUUCAAUGAUCUUGCCAAGAUUGCCACUAGUGAACCAAGGCCAUCAUUCUGGAGCUUGUGUGUGCCAAACAUUACUGAAGAACAGUGUCAACAGCCAUAUGUAAGAAUCUCUUGGAAGGACUGCACAAACCCCUUAAAUUUGCCACAGCGAAAGUUAGUGGAUGCAAUGAAGUCCUUCCCAUCUGGUCAUGCAUCUGUGUCAGUUUACUCAGCAAUGUUUGUGAUAGUGUACAUCCAACAGCGCAUCAGUGUGAGAAACAACUAUAGGUAUUUGGCUUCUAUCCUACAAUUAAUGUGGGCAUUGUGGGCUUUUAUUUGUUGCCAGUCAAGAAUAUGGGAUAAUAAACAUCAUUGGUGGGAUGUACUAGCUGGUGCACUUCUUGGAGCAUGUGGAUCAUAUGUAACGCUGAAUUACUUUUCCAAUUGGUUCAACAGAGAACUACCAGAAAAAAUAAAAGCAAUGAAGUCAAGCCAUCAAGAAUCCAAACGAUGAAGCUAGGUAGUUAAAUCUGUGAUGUCUUAACCUUUCAUCCUAAAAAAUAUUUAAGUUUAAUUAUAUUUAAAGCAAUUCAAU